GCUUCCCGGACUCGAUGUGUUUUAUAAUCACUUCACUUGGCUAUAUUUGUCUUUCAUACAUCUUAUUUUGGCUAUGCUCCAUUUUGUAUGCCAUUUUUUAUCCAUAUUUCAUUGGUCGUCCAAUUGAUUUAAAGAAAGCUGCUGGCGGCAAAUGGGCAGUGAUAACUGGUGCUACCGAUGGCAUCGGUAAAGGUUACGCUUUCGAAUUGGCUCGCAAAGGAUUUUCGAUUGUUCUUAUCUCUCGUUCAGAGAUCAAACUUCAGAAUGUGAAGGAGCAGCUAAUCCGAGAAACAAAUAUUCAUGAUACUGAAGUGAUAACGAUUUUAUUCGAUUUUGUCUGUCAAGAUAUUGAGCAGUAUGAAAGAAUAAUCUUAUCACAACUAAGGAAUUUGGAUAUCGGAAUUUUAGGUCUGUUGAUUGCAUCCAUUUGCAUUAACGUAUCCGUAAUAGAGGCCUGAGA